AUGAUGCUGGGAGAAGAAUCCGAAAGCGCAGACUAUUGGAAGAAAUGCGGCGAUGAAGCAUUAGCGCGGAAUAUCAAGGGCGUUGUCAUCAUGGGCGCGCACUGGGACUGUCUUGGAGACAAAAUCGAGGUCGCAACAAAUCCAAACCCGGGUAAAAGCCCCGUGGCAUACGUGAAGCCAGAGAAAUACGUCAACUACGAACUAAACCCAGAUCUCGAAACAUCCGACCGAUGCAUCAAGAUGUUAGCCGAUGAAGGCUUCAACGUUCAGGGAAACACAACCUUCGACUGGAUUCAUGACGUAUACCUUAUUCUCAUUCGCAUGUUUCCUGGAGGCUGUCCACCUACAACCUUGAUCUCCGCCAACGCGCGAUAUGAUCCGCAUUUCCACAUGAAGAUCGGUGCCACAUUACGACCAUUACGUCGAGAGAACUAUCUCUUCAUUGGUACAGGUGGCGCAGUGCAUAAUCUGUAUCGAAACCGCUGGGCACCGAUGCUUCGCUUCAGAGAUAACUUUGCGAUGGAGACGCCACCGGAGGACUGGGCUAUGGAGUUUCGGCAGGCUGUGGAGGAUGUCAUUACGAAGACUUCGGGACCUCAAUUGCGUCGUGCGAUGACUCGUCUUAUGAAGCAUCCUCGUUUUAGAGAUGCGCAUGCUACCGAUGAUCAUUUUAUGGCGGCGCUGUUUGUGGCGGGUGCGGCUGGAGACCCGGAGGAUGAGAAUACACCUGCUAUGAUGGGGGCGGAGAGUUGGGAGUUGACCAAUAUGUGCAACUCGCAGUUCACAAUUGGACGAUGGCCUCGAGAAGUCGCAGUAUGA